CCGAACCAUCUGCCCACCGAGAUGCUCCGGGAGGUGCUGAGCUACCUGCCCCCAAGCACGCUGCUCCGGCAGUGCCGCCUGGUGUGCCGGCGCUGGCGAGAGGUGGUGGACGGCAGGGACCUGUGGCUGAGCAUCCUGCCCUGGAAACACCCCGACCUGUGGCCCGUCAUCCUCACCUGCCUGCCCCCUGCUGGCGACCCCGGGCCCUGCAUCCUGGGCCGCUUCUGCGAGCUCAGACCCAUAGGGCGCAAGCUCACCGUGAACCCCCCGGAGAAAGAAGACCUCUGGAAUUGUAUGAUGCUGAGCGGUAGCGAUGACUCGGAGGAAGAGGAAGACUUGGGGGUCAGGCUGAAGACUUCUGGGGAGACUAGCUACAGUCCUGCCUACAGGUGUUGGUACAAGGGAGAAAUUUUGGAUCUGGAGGAGGAGGGCCUGUGGCGGGAACUCCUGGAUAGUGGAAAGAUUUGGAUUUCUGUCUGUCGCCGCUGGACAGAACAACAAGGCAGUGACCGGAUGUAUCAGCUAGUCGUCAAGCUUCUAGAUGCCAACUAUGCCACCUUGCAUUAUUUCUUCCAUAAACGUUUUCCCGUCCGUCCGCGGACAGGCAGCUUCUCCUUUCGGAUCAUGCAUGCGUUCACCAACAUCAAGAAGGGCGUCCGCUUUGUGUUGUUUGACCACAGUGUCGAGGGCUAUGACUCGUGGCCUGAGCAGUGUGGAGUCUCCAGGCCCCAGUCCAGUGUCAUCGUACGGAUCCGUCCCUAGGCUGUCCUUGUGAGACAACCUGACCAUGCCUUCCAGGAGCUUCGACCAUUGGCCAGACCACCUCAAUAAUCAAGAGCUUGUAGCUCCUGGCAUCCUGGGAUCUAUCCUGGGUCCAAUCAAGGGACCUACUGGGCCUUGUCUUUAAAUUCUAUGAGAAACUACGAGAAGAACGUUCUUACAUCAGGGUUACUGACUGAAUGCAGCCCCUGUUCUAUGGAGUGGAGACACACGGGUGAAAACAAGGCUCCUCACC